AAACGAAAAACUUAAAAGCAAAAAUAAAAUUAAUAAGGAAAUGCUUCUUUGCUCUUGAAGAUAGAGAGAGAGAAGGUGUUUUCGACAAACACACAACAUACUCACGCAUAACGGGCAAAAAGAAACCAUUUCUUUUUCGCAUACAAAGAAAUUGGCUAGAAUGAGUUUCUCAAGCGAUGAAGUGAACUUUUUAGUUUACAGAUAUCUCCAAGAAUCGGGUUUUAUACAUUCAGCCUUUGUCUUUGGCAUUGAAUCCCAUAUUUCGCAAAGUAACAUUAACGGAGCUCUAGUACCGCCAGCUGCUCUUUUAACGAUUUUGCAAAAAGGGCUUAUGUACACAGAAGUAGAGUGGAGUGUAGGGGAGAACGGUGAAAUGAAUGGCCGUCCAAUAGAAGGCUUGAGCCUUAUUGAUGCGGUAAUGCCUGAGAUUAAAUUGGCAAAUCCGGCAGUCAAACCGGAAUCUGGAAAAUCGGCUCCGAGCGACACAACUAAUGCUAGCAGUUCAUCGGCUUCUACGACCGGUGCAAAUAUCAAGGCUGAGGUAAAAACAGAAACAACUUCGACAACAGCGGCAGCUCAGACUAACAGUGGUGCUACCGCAAGUGGUACUGCUACAACAAGUGCGGAGACAACGGAAACUGAUGGUGGUACAAAUAGCGCUACUACAGGAUCUGCAAAUGCAUCGAGCAGUGCCGCUGCCAGCACUACUUCCGCAACUACUGCCGCCACAACAACUGGAGAAGAUACCAAGAAACCUGAAGCUUGUCAAACAACUGCUGCCGGCCCGACAACGGCGGUAGAUGAUGCAACAUCAUCUUCUUCAAACAACGGGAAUGGUAAUAAUGCGGCAUCUUCAAGUGAGGCAACAUCUGUAGUUGCGGUUACUAGUGCGCCUAAUUCCUCAAGCACUGUUACACCAAUUGCCCCAGCACCGAAUGCUACCGCUGCUGCAACCACAGGGUCUACGUCAACAACCGCGACCGUUGCUGCACCUACGCAAGCUCAAAGUGUAACUGGAACUGCUACUUCAACAGCCAGAGUUGAACCUAUGGAAAUUGAUUCUGCUAUUGAAAUACCAGCUUCAAAAGCGACCGUUUUACGUGGCCACGAAAGUGAAGUUUUUAUUUGUGCUUGGAAUCCCAGCCGCGAUCUUCUGGCUAGUGGUUCUGGCGAUAGCACAGCACGCAUUUGGGAUAUGUCUGAUACCGGAAAUUCGCCUAAUCAGUUAGUUUUGAGGCAUUGUAUACAGAAAGGUGGUGCGGAGGUGCCAAGCAACAAGGAUGUUACGUCAUUGGAUUGGAAUUGCGAUGGUACUCUAUUGGCUACCGGCAGCUAUGACGGCUUUGCUCGGAUUUGGAAAACGGAUGGACAUUUGGCUUCUACUUUGGGUCAACAUAAGGGGCCUAUUUUUGCUCUCAAAUGGAACAAAAGGGGAAACUAUAUACUUUCCGCCGGCGUGGAUAAGACUACUAUCAUUUGGGAUGCCUCUACUGGCCAGUGUACCCAGCAGUUUUCUUUUCACAAUGCUCCUGCUUUGGAUGUGGAUUGGCAAACGAACAACUCAUUCGCUUCCUGCAGUACUGAUCAACGUAUUCAUGUAUGUCGCUUAGGCUCUGAAGCACCUGUCAAAACUUUUAGAGGUCACACGAACGAAGUGAAUGCCAUUAAAUGGUGUCCUCAGGGCAAAUUGUUGGCUUCAUGUUCGGAUGACAUGACUUUAAAAAUCUGGUGCAUGAAUCGUGAUAAGUGCUGCCACGAUUUACAGGCGCAUUCCAAGGAGAUUUAUACUAUCAAGUGGUCACCUACCGGCCCUGGUACACAAAAUCCCAAUACCAAUUUGCUAUUAGCUUCGGCGUCCUUUGAUUCGACGGUACGCCUGUGGGAUGUGGAACGUGGUACUUGCAUACACACCCUAACCAAGCAUACGGAACCUGUUUAUUCAGUCGCGUUUUCACCAGAUGGCAAAUAUUUGGCUUCGGGCAGUUUUGACAAAUGCGUACACAUCUGGAGUACCCAAUCGGGACAGUUAGUUCACAGUUACAAGGGCACCGGCGGUAUAUUUGAAGUAUGUUGGAAUUCGAAAGGCACUAAAGUCGGUGCCAGCGCAUCCGAUGGCAGUGUUUUCGUAUUAGAUUUGAGAAAAUUCUGAUCAACACAGCUAUUAUCCUUUAUGGCUCCGCCAAAUAUUAUACGCCGAGCUAUACGUUUGAUAUUGUAAUAAGUUUUUUUUUUUUUACGUUUAAGUAAGAAAGGUUCUUCUUAAGUUCUAAAGCAAAAUUUACUUCCUUUUUUAUACGAGCACGUAGAUAUUAUAAGUGAAUCUAAUUUAACUUCUGAAACUAAAAAGUUGUUUUUUCGCUUUUUUUUUUUUAAUUUAUA